CCUGCUCGGAUCCCCGCACUCCUCCGUCACGGGGACGCGCCCGCACGCACACGCACAGACCCGCUGCGCGGCCAGGCCAGCGGCCAGCCUCUCUGCCCGUCUGUCCCGUCUCUCUUCUGUCCCCGUUCCCUUCCUCACAGUCUCGCUUCUCCGUUCAGACUUUCCGCUCACACUCGGUUUACCGUUAACCCCCCUCCCGGAUCAGGAUCAGGAUCAGGAGUUGGGCCGCCGGGCCGGACGACCAGCCGGCUGUCCUGCCGUGAUUCAGCGCCCAGCAGCGGGCCUCAACUUUCCCUCACUUCGUUCCUCUGUUUGCUUUUCGUACCGCCGGACUCAUCCGCCGGGCCGGACCGUCCGUCGGAGGGAGGACCGAACCGGAUGAGACAACAUUAGCCCGGACCGGGACCGGGACUCGAGGCGCCGCUCGUUAACGUCAGUCGGUUUGUCCUCUGAUUGGACAGAUGGACUCCGUGUGAACGCAGCAGCGCGUGGCCUCCACGAGACUCCCGUUUGCCUCCGGCCCGGUCCAGGUGGGGUGGGCGGAGCUGAGCCAUGGCGGGCGCGUCGGUGAAGGUGGCGGUGCGAGUGCGCCCGUUCAACACCCGAGAGACGGGACACAACGCCAAGUGUGUGAUCCAGAUGCAGGGAAACACCACCUGCAUCUCCAACCCCAAACAGCCCAAAGAUGGAGCCAAGAACUUCACCUUCGACUACUCGUACUGGUCACACACCACGGCCGAUGACCCCAGCUUUGCGAGUCAGAGACAGGUGUAUCAGGACAUCGGAGAGGAGAUGCUGCUGCACUCCUUCGAAGGAUACAAUGUGUGUAUUUUCGCGUACGGACAGACGGGUGCAGGGAAGAGCUACACCAUGAUGGGCAAACAGGAGCCCGGACAGGAAGGGAUCAUCCCGCAGCUGUGUGAGGACUUGUUUCAGAGGACUGGAGAAAACACGGAUCCUGACCUGACCUACUCUGUGGAGGUGUCCUACAUGGAGAUCUACUGUGAGCGGGUCCGGGAUCUGUUGAACCCAAAGUCCCAGGGGACUCUGCGGGUCCGGGAGCAUCCCAUCCUGGGUCCGUACGUGGAGGAUCUGUCCAAACUGGCUGUGACCGGAUUCACCGACAUCCGGGACCUGAUGGAUGCCGGCAACAAAGCUCGGACGGUCGCAGCCACAAACAUGAACGAGACGUCGUCCAGAUCACACGCCGUCUUCACCAUCGUCUUCACACAAAAGCGACGAGACCAGCUGACCAGCCUGGACACUGAGAAGGUCAGUAAGAUCAGCCUGGUGGACCUGGCUGGAAGCGAGCGAGCAGACUCCUCGGGGGCGAAGGGGACUCGACUCAAGGAGGGAGCGAACAUCAACAAAUCUCUGACCACGCUGGGAAAAGUGAUCUCAGCGUUGGCUGAAAUGCAGAGCAAUAAGAAGAGGAAAAGUGAUUUUAUUCCCUACAGAGACUCUGUCCUCACCUGGCUGCUGAAGGAAAACCUGGGAGGAAACUCUCGGACGGCCAUGAUUGCUGCUCUGAGUCCUGCUGACAUCAACUACGAAGAAACACUGAGCACUCUGAGGUACGCCGACCGAGCCAAGCAGAUCCGCUGUCACGCUGUGAUCAACGAGGAUCCAAACGCCAAACUCAUCCGAGAGCUGAAGGCCGAAGUGGAACGACUGAGGAACCUGCUGUUCUCUCAGGGCCUGCAGGAGCUGCUGGACAACUCUGGGAUCAGCGACAGCCCCUGCGGUGUUGCAGGUGUGUCCCCAUCACCGCUGCAGCUGGCACUCACAGCCAAUGGGGUCACACCUGAGGAUGGCUCCGCCCCUGCAGGUGCUGACGUAGCGCCUGCAGAUGGUGUACCUGCCCACUCUGACCACCUGAUGGAGGAUGGUGACGAGGCAGAGGAGACCAUCAGCAAAGAGGAAGCAGCUGAGAGACUGCUGGAGACGGAGAAGAUUAUCGCUGAGCUGAACGAGACCUGGGAGGAGAAACUGAGAAAGACAGAGUCCAUUCGCCUGGAGAGAGAGUCCCUGCUGGCAGAGAUGGGCGUGUCCAUUAAAGAGGACGGAGGAACGCUGGGCGUCUUCUCCCCUAAAGGAACGCCUCACCUGGUCAACCUGAACGAAGACCCUCUGAUGUCAGAGUGUCUCCUGUACUACAUCAAGGAGGGGGUCACCAGGGUCGGACAGCUGGACGUGGACAUUAAGCUGUCGGGUCACUUCAUUAAAGAGAUUCACUGUGUGUUUGUCAGUGAGACCAACGACCAGGGAGAAGUGGUCGUCACUCUGGAGCCGUUAGUCGGAGCUGAGACGUACGUGAACGGGAAGCAGAUCACUGAAGCCGUCGUCCUGAAACAAGGUAACCGCAUUGUGAUGGGGAAGAACCACGUGUUUCGGUUCAACCACCCGGAGCAGGCGAGGCUGGAGCGAGAGCGCAGCAUCCCGGCCGACCAGCAGGGGGAGCCGGAGGACUGGAACUACGCCCAGCGGGAGCUGCUGGAGAAACAAGGCAUCGACAUCAAGCUGGAGAUGGAGAAGAGACUGCAGGACAUGGAGCUUCAGUACCGUAAAGAGAAGGAGGAGGCUGACCUGCUGCUGGAGCAACACAGACUGUACGCGGACAGCGACAGCGGCGAUGACUCAGACAAACGCUCCUGUGAGGAGAGCUGGAGGCUGAUCUCCUCCCUGAGAGAGAAACUACCUGCCAACAAGGUGCAGUCCAUAGUGAAGCGCUGUGGUCUGCCCAGCAGUGGGAAGAGGAGGGAGCCUCUCAGAGUCUAUCAGAUCCCUCAGAGGAGGAGGAUCAGCAAAGACCCCAAACGGGUCACGAUGGAAGACCUCCGCAUGCAGGCCGUCAAGGAGAUCUGCUACGAGGUGGCUCUGGGAGACUUCCGUCACUCCCGUCAGGAGAUCGAAGCGUUGUCCAUCGUCAAGAUGAAGGAACUCUGCCGCAUGUACGCGAAGAAGGACGCCAACGAGAGGGAGAGCUGGAGGGCCGUCGCCCAGGACGUCUGCGACACCGUGGGCAUCGGGGAGGAGAAGAGCCCCCCCACAGAGGAGGGAGGAGGAGGGGGAGGAGGAGGAGGAGAGGGAGGAGACGUGGGGGACGGAGGGGAGAAAAAAAACGUGUAUGACCUGAAGGCUCACAUUGACAAACUGACUGACAUUUUGGAGGAAGUGAAGCUGCAGAACAACAUGAAGGACGAGGAGAUCAAAGCUCUGAGAGACAGAAUGAUCAAGAUGGAGAGCAUCAUACCUGUUCAGGAUGACGACAUGAACGGCGAAGAGGGAGAGACGCCUCAGAGGGACGGGGGCGGGGCCAACGAAAGCGCCCUGCAGCCGGAGGUCAGAGUUAAGAAGCUGAUGGAAGAGGACCCAGCGUUCAGGAGAGGACGCCUCCGCUGGCUGAAGCAGGAGCAGCAACGGAUCCUGAACCUGCAGCAGCAGAACAUCGGCAAGAAACUACGAGGACAGAACCAGAGCCAGAACCAGAACCAGGGUCAGAACUCCCCCGUCGUCCCCGUUCACCUCCCUGGGACUGGCCGCUUCAUCCCUCCCCAGGAGUGCAAGCUCAAGUUCCCCUUCAAGAGUAACCCUGCCCACCGGUUGUCAUGGGGACCAGCCAGCGCCGCUCUGCAGGCUCUGGGUCUGGGGGAUGGAGGAGGAGAUGGAGGAGAGCAGAAGGAGGAGGGAGGAGGAGCGGUGGAGGGUAAAGCUUCUCCCUCACCUCCUCCUCCUCCUCCUCAGGGUCCUGCUCUGUUGCCCCUCCCCUUCCAGCCUCCGCCCCCUCGCAUGCGCACUCCCAGCCCUCAUCGCGCCUGGCAACAGCGUAACCAGGGCGGCUUCUACCAAAACCACCAGCACCGCUACCGCCGCAACUCUCUGGACAGCUCCACCCAUGGCGGCAGUAACUACGCUAACGACCAGCAUCAUGGUGGUGGCGGUGGUCACCAGGGGCGACCAAGACAGAGGAGGGGGGUAUCGCCCGGGCCAGGAGGAGGGAGAGGAGGAGGGGGGAGGGACAGAGACGGAGGCUUCCAUUAUAAUCAACACCAGCACCAUCAGUACCUUCACCAUCCCUACUACAACCUUCACAAUGCACCAUUCCAGCCAGGACCUCACCCCAACUACCAUAGCCUGCCGCGCUCUGGAGUCCCGCCCCCUCCUGCUGACAUGCUGCUGGGAGCAGGACCACAUCCCGCUGGGUGGGGUUUUACCACUCCACCCAGGAUGAGACGACAGUUCAGUGCACCGGACCUCAAAAACAACAACAACAACAAGGAGACCCCCAUCUGAUCUCUGAUGUGCUGCAGGACACGGGGCAGUCCUGAGGCAGUACACAGGCUGUGUGUGUGUGUGUGUGUGUGUGUGUGUGUGUGUGUGUGUGCGUGUGUGCGUGUGUUUCAGCACCUUGAAAUACUGUGUGACACACACCCUGUACCUUUAGUCUUGUUGUUUUUGUGUGUGUGUGUCUUGCUCCUCGCAUCUACGUUAGCAAUAAGUUAGCGGUUGCCAUAGCAACACUGUUUUAGGAAAAGUUUUUACUUUUUGCAGUUUGACAGGCUGUCAGAGAGGAUGGAAGUUUAUUACUUUAUGAUUUGGUUGUGUUGAUUUUAUUGAUUGCUGAUAUUCUGGUCUCGAUGAGUCGAUUAUAACGAGGUGCCUUAAAGAUGAAGCGUUAGCUCCUGGGCUAGUUCCUGUCAGCACGAGUGACCUGUUUGAAGGAUGGGCUGUUCUUUUCCUGGGCAGGAUGGCUGUUUGUUGUUGACUUUCAGAUCCUCUCCUUCAGCUGCUGUUAGCCCAGGAGGCUAGUUAGCCUGGUUCAGUCUGAGAGGUCUGUGUUAGCUUAGGCUACUCAGUUAGCAUGUGAGCUUGUCAGACCUGAUGUGACGAGGUGCUACACCAAACCAGGUUUUGCACAGGUUAAAGUAUUAGCCUAGCCUAGCUUAGCCUAGCCUAGCCAGGGCAGCACGCUGCACACCAAAGAAAGCUGCUGCAUGGCGCCUCCUGCAGGAGAGCAGGGAGACAGUCUGCUUUACGGACAGACAGACUGACGGGCUGGAUCAUUGUUUCUGAGGAGAAAAUGAGGAGGUUUUGAACCGUUCAAAGUGUUGUGUGUGUAUAUUUGAAGUGUAUCCUGACUUGAUCUUGUUUUUAUGAAGAUUAAUUAUUUUAAAACAGGCUGCGACACAUGAAACCUUCAUUGGCUCUGGCAAUCGUUGGAAAUGCAGUAAGUGCCUCAUGGGAGAUGUAGGAAUACUGACUUAUUCCUCUGACGGGGAGAUGCAGGAGACACGAUGGAUUAUGGUGUAUGUAGGGCCGUGAAAGAAAGGAACUGUGGGAAAUGUAGUGUGAGAUGAGAAGACGGAAAAGUGAGAGUCUGAGAUAAAAUAAGCUUUGUUUGAAGUCACAGACACUACAAAGUGAAUUCAGAUUAUUUAGUUUACUUUAAUGUGUGGGAGGAAUCGACUGCUGCCUUCGUAAGACGUCAGGAAGUUGGGAAUUGUGGCUUUUUUACCACCUGAUGCUGCAUUUAAUGUCACUCUAAAAAAUGGAAAACUAUAUUUUUGUCACCUGUGUCCGACAGCUUGAACGUGGCUGUAACUAACGAUUAUCUUCAUUAUCAAUGAACUAAUCAGAGUCUGUGGCCCAUCUUGAACUGGUGACAAACUACUGUUCAGCUUUCAGCCCGUCGAGGUCUCACUGAGCGGACCGUCCGAGCUGACCUUUAAACGUAUCCCGCACGUUAGGUCACCUGUUGGACGCAAUCACGACCAUCCCGCCACAAAUUUCCAAAUUCCCACGUCGGGCUGAAUGCAGCCUCGGUGUUUCCUCUGGAGGUUUCCAAACCCCGCCCACACAGAGCAAGGCAUUGUGGGAGACGACGAGUGGAGCACCUCUGAGCUCCGUGACUUUUAAGACCUUUUCGCAGAAGGUCAGAACCGGCCAAUGGGAGGGCUCCUUCUUGACACACAGCUUGAAGGGAGUCGCCACAAUAAUGAUGAUGUCACAAGAAUCAGUUGUGAUUGGCCAGAGCAGCAUGACAUCAGCAGGAUUUUAUUUCUGCCUUGUUUUGCUCUGCUGUCUCCAGAAUCGACCAAUCAUGGGACAAUCUUGAUAACCUGCUGUCACCGCCGGGCUUCAUGGGAAACGAUGUUUCCUGUUUGAUUUCGUUUUUACGUUUUGGUUUUUUUUACGCUCAGUCUGGGCUUCUGAUUGGCUGUAUUAUUUUCUUUUCUUUGUGUAUUCAUUUGCUUCUUGUCCUGAAUAUUUUAACCCCGCCUACAAGUUUGACCUUUGCUUUGUGAUGUCAUCAUGUCAUCAUCGCUAUUAUUAAUAUAAUUAUUAUCAAGUGUCAUUAAUGUUGGGUUCUUUUGGAUGCUGCUAAAGGGAGCUUCUUCGCCCUCAUGCAACCGUCUGCGUGUGUGUGAAUGUGUGUGUGUGUGUGUGAAUGUGAGUGUGUGUGUGUGUGUGUGUGUGUGUGUUUCUGGGUUAAUUUAGUAUCAUAAUCUGAAGUUCGUUUUACUUACUGAUUUUGUUGUCUUUCUUCUAAUUGUCUGUUUAGUUUUGUUGUUUUGGAGGUGUGAGGAGGAGGAGGAGGGGCCAGGCGAGCAUGAGGGGUGUCGUUGCCAUGGCCACAUGAAGAAUUCCAGAACAUUCUUGGACAUGGAUGCGAUGACAUCAUGGUCUGGCCCCCCCUCCGAUUGGCUCAGAGCCCCACAGCUGACGUUGUUGUUGUUGUUGUUGUUGUUGUUGUAUCAGGAACCAACCUCUCAAGCUCUACCUGCAGACAACAUGAUGGCAAUAAACUGUCAGUGAAAAGAAAA